UUGUGCAUUGCCAUUUUCAAACUCAAAUGGCUCGAAUGAAUAACUAUGGGGAUUAUAACAUGGGUCAACGACCUAAUUGGGACAGGAUGAGGCCUUCUAACAUGGGCCAAGGGUGUCCAGACAUCACAACGAUCGAGAUAUACUCGAGGGGAGCAAUUGAGACGGUCAGAGUAAACUACCCUAAUCAAGAGUACUCAACUUUCCCUAAUCCUUACCCUAAUUACCCUAGAGGAGGACCGAGCAACUAUGGGCCAAACAAGAUCGAAGCGGUCAAGGUCGGCGAUUGGGGCGCCAAUGUCGGCUCACAAUGGGACAUGGGCCCCGUAAACAAGAUUACGAGCAUGAAGAUAUACUACGGAGAUGUAGUUGACUCGAUCGAGAUAACCUACUGGAACAAUGGGUCCAUCCGGUCGACUCCGAGAUACGGUGGAGGAGGCGGCAACCCAACGCAGAUUGAUCUGAAAGAGGGAGAGUACCUGAGCUGCAUGAGAGGCUACAUAAUUUUGAACUACCAAGGGUUGCCUUGCAUAAGUCAGAUCAUAUUUGAGACCAAUUUAGGGAAGUAUGGGCCCUACGGAAGAGGGAGUGGGACCCCCUUUGCCCUUCCUGUUCUGGAAGGCAAAAUUGUAGGGUUCUUUGGGCGUGCAGGGGAUUAUAUCACUUCAAUUGGGUGCUACAUCAUGCCUAAUUGAUCUAAUUGAGUGCAAAAUCAGGGUUUAGAUUAGGUUUCAUGGAUGUUGUACUAAUACUUAACCAAUGGUGGUGAUCGAACGUUCGACUCGAAACUAGAUGUUGGUCGAUUAUUCGAUCAUAAUAAUGUUCUCCACGAUUGAUAAAGUAAUGGGUAUAUACCUUGGUUUGGCCUUUCAAUUACUACUAUCAAUACACAUUUUGUCCAACCUACCA